AUGGAUAUGACCAUGUUAGAAGACUUGCAACAUCUCUGUCUCACAAAAGACGAAGAAGAAGACAUUCAAAUCUCCUCCAUGUACAGAUCAGACCUUAUUGAGGAGUGUGCUUUAAGCCUAUUCGGUAAGCUUCUCACUGACAGACAUCAGAACCAACGUGCCUUGAAAAGCACCCUUAAAGCCGCCUGGAAGAUGGGCUCGGAUCUGAGAAUUGUAGAUGUAGGAAAGAACAUCUACCAAUUUAAGUUCAACUCAGGAUUUCAGUUAGAAUGGGUUGAAAGAAACGGUCCUUGGGACUUCGACAAUAAUCUACUUCUUCUAUGCAGAUGGAAAAGAGGCCUCUCGGCCUCAAACAUUACUUUCACUCAUGCUCCUUUUUGGGUUCAAAUUUGGGGCCUCCCUUUCGAAAACCUGUCUGAGGAUGUUGGAAAAGAUUUGGGUAACAACUUGGGGCGUUAUCUAGAAAUGGACAAGCGCAUGUGGCUAACGGAGCAAGCAAGAUUCCUGAGAAUCUAG